AGUCCUCCGCCGAUGUUCCAGCGAGGCGCUCGCGUGUUCGCUCGUAAAGCCGAACCUCGCCCCCGCGCUGUACGUCUGUAUGUAUAGUGGAUUUCGGUACGGUUACCGAUCUCCACUGGACAACGACCCGUCGUCCGUACUGUGCUCGGCCCACACGUGUCUCUGGACAAAUCAGCUGUUCGCCCGCGACCGAUAGUUCAGGAUUUUUUUCAAACGGAGUGCUCCAGUGCUUUAUGUUAUUAAUUUUUGUUCCAUCUCUAUUGCCUCGAUCUGCUGCGCGAGGAUAACAAUGGUGUGCGCGAUGUUGAUGGUUUGAAAUAGUGAGAUACAUACGUAUCGUGGAGGCAGACGGUUUUCACGUUGACGAACUGCCGUUGAACCGAGAUCGAGGAUAGCGGAUGCCUCAGCCCUGCACUACUGUCUCUGGAGGCUCGCGAUAGUUCUUACAAGUUGCAGGAUAACGUUGCUCGUGCAAGAGGCGCUUUCAAGAACGGAAAUGAGUUGAACACUGGAUAUGAUGUUGAAGAGACUCACGGCCAUGUUGGCCGUUCUUUUGAUGCACUUUAUCGGAUUAUCGAAAGCCAUAAUCUCCUCAGGUGGCAAGCCAUUUCCUGGACUGGAAAAUCUGCCCAGGUCCUUUUGGCACGAGCUGAGCUCCCCUUUCACCGAGGUCUAUGAGGAGGAGAGCUACGCCACGGAAACUGGAUCGACGCCCGAGCCGAGGCCUUUCUUCGAGGAUCCCGACAGCAACAUAACUGUGCAACUCGGGGCUCAGGUUUACCUUCACUGUCGAGUGCAAAACCUUCAGCAGCGUACGGUUUCGUGGGUGCGGCGACGUGGCGAGGAGCUGCACCUGCUGACGUUCGGCCAGCAGACCUACUCGAGCGACUCUCGAUUUUCCCUUGACUCGGAGUCGCCGAAUAAUUGGCGGUUACGGCUGAGCUCGGCUACCGAGCGCGACUCAGGAGUCUACGAGUGUCAAGUCAGCGCUCAUCCGCCGCUCAUAAGGACCGUCCACCUCAUGGUUUCCGUGCCAAAGGUGGAGAUAGUGGACGAGCAUGGGGCGACUGCCGGCGACAAGUUUUACAAAGCCGGCAGUACGAUAGAGCUCAAGUGUGUGGUCAGCAAAGUGCCGCAUCCCACGGGCUACGUGACGUGGAUGCACGGCUCUCGAACUCUCAACUACGACACGAUUCGAGGCGGCAUAAGCGUGAAAACUGAUAUGGGCGCCGAGGGGGCGGUCUCGCGCCUCUACAUCGCCAACGCCAACAAAAAGGAUAGCGGCAACUACAGCUGCGCGUUGGCGGACGUCGCCGCCACUACUGUAUCCGUCCACGUUUUAAACGGUGAAAAUCCAGCAGCGAUGCAGCACGGGGCAAGCAGAGGCCUGAGAUCGACCUUUCUUCUGACGGCUCUUUUGACUCUCACCUCGGUUCUCAGGUGACCACGAGGCCUCGAUGAGCCUCACUUGAUCUUAGCUAACUGAAUCAUUUUCAAGACAGACUACGCGAGAUAAAUAGUCACAACUGCGUUUUUAAUCCGUCGCGUAAUACAAAGUCACAUGUGCGUGUGUGAUUCUAGAAGUAUGGAAGUAAUAUAAUGGGAUGAGGAUGAUGAACAAUCUUGUUUUCAUUCUAAGAAAAAUGCGACGUAUUCGUUACUUUGUUAGCGUUUGCGUACUUUUUCUAGUAAAGGAAUAUUGGAAAAUGUACCUCUCGAAAAAGAACUAAAGUGAAUAAUACGUAGAGUGAUCACGUAUAGGAAUUUUAGAUUUCUUGAGAAUAUUUUCAGAAAUUUUGAGACCGAAGAAUCGUCCUACUAUACAUCAGUGUUGUGAGAUGGAUAUGUUAUGGGAUGCUUGAUUCUCUCAUACCGAUGCAAUUACAGUUUCAGUUUCGAGCUUGGAAUACUAUAGCGAGAUCAUAUUAAGUUUGUCGAUAUCAUCGAUCGAAGCCGCAAGAAAGAUUCAAUUUUAUGAGGACAAGUGAUGCAAAAUGUAUUUCUCCCUUCUGAACAAGACAGUAAAAUGUACAACUAGAACAUUUUCUACAGAUCUAAAUUAUGUAAAUCGGUGUGAUGAAUCAUAAAAAUAUAAAGUUUACAUCAACUUCAAUAAUAAAAAUGAAAAAGCAUAAAGCUAGCACUUCGUGAUAAGACAUAGACUUGGAACAGCAAACGUAUUAGCAGCUAAACAAUCGAUCAAAUUCUUUUUUAAAAAAGACAUAAACUUUUAAUCUUAAAGUAAUCGAUAAGGAUAUAAAUACUCUUGUAAAUACGACGUCGUAUAUAAAGUUAAAGUAAUAACAAGAAGAGAGGGAGAGAGGAUGAGAAUGAAAAAGAAGGUUUGCUCACGAAAUCUUGUAAAUAUACUAUAUAAACGCGAAAAAUAAAGCUGUGAGAAAGAAAUAGGCAUGUAGGGAGAUCUCUGUUGCUCUUUUUUUCUUUUCCUUUUAAACGUAUAUAGAUACACAAAUAUACAGACAUAGUGAGCGUGAGCCACAGGCCAAUGUUUCUGCUGAGUUUUCGUCGAAACUUUGUUCGCAGAACGCGGUCGUUCUUAUAGGUAGGAAAAAAUUGCUUGAAGUAAUUUUGUCGAAAGUAUAUGUACGAGCGGAACAGAAGGAAAAAUCUCCAGUUCUUUUGCUAGGAUGUUUGUUUUUGUUUAUAAUUUUUUUUAAUACAUUAAGGUUUGCCAUCCACAUUUUUAAAUUUUAAUCCGUUUUUAUGAGAUAAAACAUAUCACAAUUUGUUCUGUGCACGCUUUUAAAUCAUAUUUUUUACUAUUUGUUUUCAGCUUCUAGAGUCGGCUAAUAACCAAUGUCAUUUCACAUUAAUUUUCCUUUUAAAGAGAGUGCCAUGCUAGGCACCGAUUUUAAUUUGAGUUUAUAUGCACAUCUAGGGAUGUUGCUUUGGAAACGUGGAUGAGUGAACAUAAGAUUUAAUAUGUUAAAAUCCAUGUAAGUUCAUCCAAAUUUGUUUUAAACGUACCUGCAUCAUAUACUUUUUUUAACAGUCUGAUUGUUUAGCGAUCUGCAAAAUUAUCAUUACACUCUCUUAUUAUUUUGGUAGAAAAUAGUAGGUAACACAUUUGAAAUUGUAAUUCCUAAUUUAUUACCUACUGAAUAAUUUUUAGAGGCUAUGAUAACAUUAUAAAAGAAUGUCAAUAGUUUAAGUGUUGUAUAAUACGCGUUUAUACCAUUUAUUACAAAUAUCUAUUUAAAGGAAAAAGACUCGUUUAUGUGGUCACGGUAAACAGAAGACGAUAUUUGUAUAAAGUUUAAAAAACGAAUGGAUAAGAAUGAAAACGAAGGAACACGAAAAAAGGACGUAUAUCCUUACUAAUAGCUUUAAGCGUCAAAUCUUAGAUUUUAGGAAAUAAAAUAAUUCAGAUUCGCCAAGCGCAAAAGCGGAAAGAGGCGACAUCGAAUAUUUUCAAACGAGUCUCACGAUUUUGAGUGAAAAUAAUGCAAAGAAAAAUUUUUCUAGCAAUAGAUACCUUUUGAAUGCCCUAAUUGUUGAGAAACUUUUUAUUUAUAUAUUAUGUUAUGCAAUAAUUUUUCACUGGCAAAAAAAAUUGUUUCAAUGUUCUACUGUUUUAUUAGUAACAAUUUUGGGCGGUAUUGGUAAUCACUGUACUUCUAUAGCGAUUUAAGUAAAUUUUUAAUUAAAUAUUGAUUAAUGGAUUAAUACACGAAUAAGUUACAACAAAAAUAAAGUAAUAAAUAAUUCAAUAGACAAUCCAUUCUACACUACUGCUAACAAUCACAAUGGUACUUUUUGCUAAGAAAUUUUUCUUCGGUUACAAAAAAAUUAAUAAAUAAAUAAACAAAAUUUAUCUUACGAUAAGCCUAGCGUUUAUUAUCAUAUUCAUCCUCUCGCGUGUGUUUCUAAUUUGAUUGAAGUAAGCUAUUGGAAGACGUUAAGUAUACACUAGAGGAAUCGAGUUAUGCAAAACGUUUGGCUUUUUUGUAAAAAUACAGACCGUGUACCAUAUUCUUUAGUUGAUUUCUUUUUCAACAUCACACCUUUCAUAUAGCAAUCCAUUCUCAUAACGUCAUAUUCAGUCAUGCUCACAUACUUGUAUAUCCAUGAAAUUUACCGUAAACGAUGCUCUAUAAGCGACUAUUAUUGAUACUAAUAAACACAUUAAAGUCGUAAGUUAAGACGAGUGUAUGUUUACCCCUGAUGUGAUGGGAGACGAAUAAAUAGCAUAAGAAGCGAUAAUAGAGCAAGAAGCUGUCGAAAGUGUAAAUGCGUUUCGUCGCGUCGAUGCCUAUUGUAAACAGGAAAUCGAGUGAGCUGAGGGAUGAAUAAAAAUGUUGCGUGGAGAUGGAAAACACUUUAAUGUCAGUAUUUGCUGUUUACUGUUUGUAACGAUCGAGAAAAAAAAAUACAAUAAAAUUCAUAGUACGCACGGGAGAACAGAGAAA